AUGCUCAUCCCGCUCAUCUGGUCGCUCUUCUGCGCGGCUGUCUACCUCACUUCUGUAGUGUUUGCGAAAGACUCUGCUUGGAACGGACACACGACCCCGGGAUCAACCGACCCUGCUCCAUUCUACCCUUACUAUGUCCCGCCUGGUACGAAAAGCUACGACUCUGACUCACCCUUGGUCCUAUAUUCCGGCAAAUGGAAGGAGUUCUUCUCCAAAAGCUACAUCAAGGGCUCGAUACGACAAUCGUACACGGCGGGCGCGUCCGUCUCACUCACCUUCUUUGGCACAGGUAUCGAGUGGUUCGGGAACUGUAAUCGGCGUCAUGGAAUUUCCGACGUCUUCAUCGACGGGUAUCUCGUCCAGAGCGUUGACGCGUGGUGCGGCUCGGAUCUCCUACCUCAACAGCGCAUCUUCUGGGACUUCAGCCUCGCUCGUCGGAAACAUACGAUCAAGAUCGUCAACCGCAGUACUCGCUCGGACUCUGAUCAAGCCUACGCUGCUAGUGUGGACGCCUUCGUUGUUACUCUUGGUGCUGUUCCGAAGACUCUCGAGGCUGCUGCCCCGCCCGCUGUUGCUCAUGCUAAUCCUUCUCCGCCACCGCUUAUGCUCUCGGAAGCGGUGCCCCCGUCUUUGCCUGCUGGGAAAUGGACCUUGCAGCAGAAAGGUUCAACCGGUGUUCACGCCAUGCAACUCGCCAUCAUCUCGCGUACGCAUGCGAUCAUCGUCGACAAGGUCGAACAUAACCCGAUCUCUAUCGACGGGCAUCCUGCUUGGGCUGCCUUGUACAACCUGGAAGAUGACAGCGUGACACCGCUUGCUAUGGAAUCAAACUCUUUCUGCGCAGGCGGCACUUUUCUGAGCAACGGAACACUGAUUGUCGUGGGCGGCAACCCGGUGGUUGAAAGCCACACCUCGUCGGCGGAUUUCGGUGACGUUGAUGGUCUUCAAUCAAUUCGUAUCUUCAAUCCAUGCUUGUCUUCCGAUGUCAAAAGCUGCAAGAUGUACGAGAAUCCGAACAGGAUUCGGAUGGCCUCUUCCCGGUGGUAUAACACGGUCCUUCGGCUCUCGGACGGCAGCGCUAUGAUCGUUGGCGGCUCAAAGAAGGGAGGUUGGAUCAACAAUGCGACAGUCAACAAUCCCACGGUCGAGUACUUCCCGCCCAAGUUCGAUGGCAUGCCCGUCCCUCUGCCGGUCUUCAUGGCUGCCAAUACUGAUGCUAUCAUCUAUGACUGGAAGAAUAAGAACGAAUUUCGGCUGCCCUCGCUUCCAAAUGGAGUUCGGGUAACCUAUCCGAUGUCCGGCACAGGUCUCUUGCUGCCUCUGUCUCCGACAAACAACUACGAACCGGAGGUUUUGAUCUGCGGGGGUUCGGCCAUCGACGAUACGAAACCCAGCUACGAGAUCUCUUCUCAAGACCCGGCUUCUUCUCAAUGCGUCCGAAUGAUCUUAACACAAGCAGGGAUCUCGGCUGGCUGGCAGAUCGAGUCCAUGCCCGAGGCUCGGCUGAUGCCUGAUGCAGUUCUGCUGCCUACUGGCGAUAUUGUCAUUGUUAACGGAGCUGGGUCUGGCACUUCAGGGUACGGCAAUGUCCGGGACCAAGUCGGAUCCUCAAAUGCAGACCAUCCUGUGCUUUCGCCUGUGCUUUAUUCCCCAUCGCAGCCGACAGGCUCCCGAUUCUCCAGCCAAGGGAUUCCCGCUAGUAAUAUUCCCCGACUGUAUCACAGCGUGGCCACUUUGACCCCGCGAGGCAAUGUGAUGAUUGCGGGCAGCAACCCGAAUCUGGAUCGCAGCGAGAUUGUCUAUGGGACUGAAUAUCGGGUCGAAUGGCUCAAUCCACCCUACAUGACCAACCCGCGGCCUGAGAUAACUGGUCUUCCUGAGAAACUGGGUUAUGGAGCGCAAUUCAAGAUCGACGUCAAGCUACCCUCGACGAGUUCAGAUAUCAAGAUCGCCUUGAUGGACUUUGGUUAUGUUACACACACUGUGCAUGCCAAUUCUCGCUUGGUCUAUCUCGAAUUCGAGCACACUGGAUCUCAAUUCACGAUCACCGCACCCCCGAAUGGAAUGAUCUAUCCUCCAGGUCCAGGAUGGGUCUUUGUCGUUGUGGAUGGGAUGUGCAGCGAAGGUGCUUUGACUCUUGUUGGAAACGGAGAAGGUCCAGUUGUAGACGAAACGGCUAUUCAGAACAUGCUCACACACACAAGACCGGACCAAUAUGAACAUACCAAGUUUUCUGGCGACGACGAAUAGACGCACGCUCAUUUCUUGCAUUUGCUAUCCACCACCAUACCCUUGAGCUCUCAUUACUAUACCUCAUCUGUUACUCCUAUCUCUGUUCGUAGCGCAAUAUUACAAUC